GUGGUGGACGUGACUAAACAGGUUAUACUGCAUGUGUGAUUACCCAUGAUUCAUGCGCUGAGGGACGAUAGAAUCGUGAUUGACUUUCUAUCAUGUCAGCUUAGUCUAUUAAACUCCAAAAAAACCAAAAAUUGCGGUAUAUAAUAAACCCAUCCCUCGAGAUCUAAAUAUAACUUCUCCUUGGUCCGUCUAACUAUUACUUCGCUAACUCACCUACCAGACUAUCUGCCCAGCCCAACGAACACCAAUCCCGUCAUGACACAGAAUACGCAAGUAAAGUUUGAGGGCUCUAGCUUCAACUUCCAGGGCUCCCGCUUCAACGGUACUAAGCCCUCGAGUUACCAACCCGGUAACUCCAGCCCGCGGUCUUCCAAUGCUUCAAUUUUGCUUCAACAAUAUCCACCGAAGCAAAGUCAAUACCCUUUGAACGGUUAUGGAAACCCCGCUUCUAAAGCUUCGAUGCGAUACAUGUCUGCCCAGGGAGCUGAAGUACCGGGUCCUCUUUUAGGGGCACACAUUAUUAAUUCCUUCAACUUAGCGACCCCCUACAUCUCACCCAUUGAGCAAUGCUUGGACACGGUUGACUACCAUUGUUUACUCCACAAAAAUAAUCCCUCCUUAACUCCUUCAAACAACGAAUCCAUUAUGAAUCUGGUCCUCCAUAACUCUAACUCAUUGGCGGGAUAUUAUUCUUUGGCAAACACCUUCUACUCUGGUAAUUACAACCCCAACCAUUCCGCGCCAAAAGCGGAUGUUGGUGACAUCCAAAAUGGGCCAAACUACCAGCACACCGAUACAGAGUUGAGGCAUUGCUCCUUUGAUGAAGCUUACUUUAACCACACUGAUAAUAUCUCCUAUCCCUUAAAGCCCGAGUAUCCAACGAGUGCGACCGACCUCUACAAGCAUAACCUUGUUCCGCCCACCAGAAAUGGCUCUGAAAGCUACGGACUUAGCUACUCCUCUGUGUCGCCUACCUCGUCGUCGUCUUCCCCUAACCAUGUUAAUAAUCAUGUUCAGCCGUCAAAGCCGAGGUACCGUCCAAAGUCGCGCUUGAGUAUUGGCGAGCUCUCUCUCAUUUUGAAGAAGUCUCCAGAAGAUACCGUUCUUAUUGAGCACAUGAUUUUAAAGACUUUGGAAGAAGUAACGAACAGCAAAUUCAGGCUUGGCUAUUCGAAUUGGGUUCGCGGUCUUUCCAUUAAACAGCGUAAGGAUUAUCUUGAUCGGCUCUACGUUAUUACGAGUAAGGAGUUUCCCACCUACGACAAGAAGGUGUUGGAAAUAAUCGUGGGAAGGGGAAGCUACUCGUACAUGCAAAAGAGGUUGAGACAAGAGAGAGAGAGCAGACGAAAGAGUGUUAAUGGGAUUAAUCUUCGUCCGCAUCCAAUGGAGAGAUAAGUGCACGGCAAAGGAAAAGAUAAAAGGAAUUUUUUUACUUCAGUUUAUAAAUGGUAGGCUUUUUAUUUAUCAGUCUAAUUCGCAACGCUUCAAACAUUAAGAGCGGCAUGUUAUAAUCUACUUCGGAGUUUAAAC